ACACAAACAGUGGGUCGGUGUGCGGCGCGCGAGCGAGCGGACCACAGCGGCGUCUGCGAAACGGCGACAGGAGCCACAGCGACGCGCAGCCCGCGGAGAAACAUUGACCCCCGUGCGUUCAUCUCUUUCUUCUUCCGCGUGUCGCCCUGUGUUCCGGCCGAAGAGGAGCCGGAGGUCCGCCGUGGUCUCCGAAACGCUGCCGUGGACUUUAUCCACAGAGCGAGCUAGUUAGCUGAUGACGGGAGUAAGUUAGCCGCGGCUGACAUUCAUGCUAGGGGGGUCAGGGUUAGCUCGACGGUGACGCCGGCUGCGCUUUCAGAAGUUUACGUUCGCGCACCUCGCCUCGGUCCAGCGAAGCGUCGGAUUGCUUCGAUGUGCUCGCGGCUCUUCCCCGACACCUCCCUCCCUCCCUCCACCCACUGACUCUGCGCCGUCCGGACGCCGAGGGGGCGACGACAACGACGACAACAACUCUGGACCAUGGCGGGUUUUGCACACAGAGUGUGUGAGAGUGGCACCUCCAGGUCGUCGCACUGGCCCGUGGCCCGGCGCGUGUACCCGAGAUAAACACUGGUCCGCUGCACAGUGCGUGUGAUGGCCAAGGAGAGUGGCGGAAUUCACCCUUGUGUUCCACAGCGCCCCCAGAAGUCGCAGAGAAAUGAGUCGCCACUGCUGAGGCGAUCUUCUCAGACGUUUCGAAAUUCUUGUUUUCUGCUGAGCCUCGACGGGGCCAUGGACCUGCGCCGGGUGUGAAGACUGAAUCUGACACCCGACGCGUCGCAGCAGCUCCGCGGCUCGGACCCUUCCCCCUGAGCCCUGCCGCCGGUCCGCAACAUGUCCGCGUCCGGGGCCACGACCGUGCAGCUCUACACCAAGCUGGUGAAGCACGCGGCGGGCAAGGCGCAGAUCCACCUGAACCGCUGGCUGAAGAGGACCGCCACGGCCACGGAGGAUUGCGACAAGAUCGACAUCCUGAUAUGCAGCGCCUUCGACGAGAGGGGCGGCGGGAAGUCAGACGGCGACCCCGGGGCGAGCGGCGACACGGGGGGGCCGAGCGGGGGGGACUUCCGACACCCGUGCUGCAUCACCACCUUGUGCUUCAAGUGCGCCCUGCUGGCGUGCGUCCUGGCGGCCGUGUGCUUCGCCUCGGUCGCCCUGGUGCGCCAGUACCUCAAGGAGCUCCUGCUCUGGGUGGAGAGCUUGGACAGCUUCGUCGGAGCCCUGCUCUUCAUAGUCGGGUUGAUCACGGUGUCGUUCCCGUGUGGAUGGGGAUACAUCGUUCUCAACGUGGCAGCGGGCUACCUCUACGGCUUCGUGCUGGGCGUGGGACUGGUCAUGGUGGGGGUUUUGAUCGGGACCUUCGUGGCACACCUGGUCUGCAAACGCCUGCUGACUGACUGGGUGCUGAACAAAGUCGGGAACAGUGAGCAACUCAGUGCCGUCAUACGCGUGGUGGAGGGAGGGAGUGGACUCAAAGUCGUGGCCUUAGCGAGACUCACCCCCAUUCCCUUUGGGCUCCAAAAUGCAGUUUUCUCGAUCACAGAUGUGUCCUUGCCAAACUACCUGGUGGCCUCCUCUGUGGGUCUGUUGCCCACUCAGCUUCUCAACUCCUACCUGGGCACCACGCUCCGCACCAUGGAGGACGUCAUCGCCGAGCAGAGUAUCAGCGGCUACUUUGUGUUUAGCUUGCAGAUCGUCAUCAGCAUCGGCCUGAUGUUCUACGUCGUUCACCGGGCUCAGGUAGAGCUCAACGCGGCCAUCGCCGCAUGCCAGAUGGAGUUGAAGUCCUCUCACAUGAACGGCUCGUCCACCAAUCACAGCAGCUUCAAUUACUGCAGCAAGAGGGCGGCAGCUGGCAGCGGAAACAGCAUUAAUGUGGUGUGACCUCAAAAAACUACAUGUGGCGGUUGCUCCUGUGACAGCGCUGUCAGACUGCAUAACUUAAGGGAAAACCUCAGAGUUUAGAGGCGGCAUCUGAAACUUGCUGGUGGUGUCACGUCAUCACCCGUGUGAGAAAAACUCUGAAAGUUUUCGUCUUUAGUCGGUACAUUUUUUGUUUUGUUUACAAGUGUGGGACCAUGCACCUUUGAAGAAAAGGUGUUGAUGAAAAAUAGUUUUGAGGUAUUAUCAUUGUGGUAAAAAAAUUUAUUUCAAUUCUUAUUGUUAAUUUCAUCAAGGUACUUCUGAAUAUUUACUCUGUUACAGGAGAUUUCAUGAAAUAAUGAUGUUUAUAGAUAUCAGCAGUGACUGAAUGAGUAAGUGAGUCAAAAUAAUAAUAAUAGUGAACACUAUGAAUGUGCAAUCUGGAGCUUUCUAGAGAACCAAGGAAUAGUUUUCAGUGUCAAAAGAAUGCCAACCUAUGCACCCUUAUCUCAUAAUUCAUCAGUUUUUUUGGUUCAUUUUUGGGAUAAUUUAGGAUUUGUCAACAUCCAGUGAUAAUUUAUGAUAUAAAGAAUAAGGGCAUUCUAAAUAUUUUUGUACGAUUUGAUUUUCUCAGUCCGGUUAAUUUUUUAAGUGUCUUAUUUUUGGACUCUGGCGCGGUGGGAGGAGCGGUGAGCUCUGCAGGCCUGUACGACCACAUCAGCUGAACUGGCCUCGUUUGCCCAGAGAUCAUUUUAGCACGUGUGCAGUUUUCGAGGAGCGGCAGCUGGAGACGGGGGCAGAAUACACAGCAGGACACUCAGGAACGUUUCUGCCAGGAAGUUUCGAAGUGCAGCGCGAGUCUCCUCAACGGCACCAGUGCACGGACUGACAGAUGUUGAGCUUUCCAGUAAAGGUUUAUGAUCAAUUUGGUUUUGCAUUCGCUUUUUUUUUUGAAAGAUUAUUUAAUAGUCCUUUGCUUAAGAUGAUAGUUUUGACAAUGCUGUGCAAUACAUCAGUGAUGAAAUGUCAUGAAUGUGAUAUAUUUCUAUGCUGAAACCAAACUAAUCAGAAAUGCUCUCAUGCAUACAAAAUAACACAAACCUUAGUCUGUUUUUUAUUUUAUUGACAUAAAUGAGUAAGCUAGAUGAGAUAAAAAGGCUGUUAUUUUUUUAUGUGCCAUAAUUUGAUAAAGCUUAUUGGACGACAUGACACUGGCCCCACCUGAGCUUAGGCUACAUGUGACUUAUGACUCACUUUUUUUAAUUAUUAUUAUUACUUAAUGUUGUUGGUAAGGAUAGAAAUUACCUAUGACGAAUUUUUGUGUUUUAAUAAUAUAUCAACGAAGCUCUUACAAUGAUGGUUCGUAUGCACAGUCCACUACAACAGACGCACGUUAUUUUCAUACUGAUAAGUUGAACCAGGAAGAGUUUUGGUUGGUCAGGAGAUGUCUCAGAAGCUGACAAUCAAACACAACAUGGACACUAAGGUGAUGAAUGUGAUAAUACUUUUUAUUUUUUACAUGAAUUUUUGUGACGCUGCUCUUCAGUCAAACUCUGAUUGAGGAAUAAUAAGGGCUCCUAUAUGAAAAUAUCCCUCUUUAUGUCCCCACAUUUGUUGAAAAAAAAAAUUAUAUCGCUGGCACAACAUUUUGUUUUUCAUUUUAAUGUUGUGUCCGUUUCCUUAUAGAAUUGAUCUUUCCCCACAUUCCAUGCUGUCAGUCCUCUGAAAGGUGUGGUGUUAAUUUCAUUCUUAAUGUUGAAAGAAAGGGCCCCUUCCUGUCUGAACUUAGCAAUAAUGUUAAAGAGUCAAAAGCAAAAAAAAUUAAAAAAUUAUAUAUAUAUAUAUAUAUAUAUAUAUGAUAGAAGCCCUACCAAUAAUAUCUAGAGCCACAAUUUUGGGAGUUGCUGUAAGCACUUAUUAGAGUUGUUAGUCGAUCCCUGUUCCAGUGUUUAACCUGCCUUUGACCUCCUCCUGCCUCUGACAGACACUUUUGCGGAGGGGAGACGCCGACAUCUUUGAUCAGCUCAUUCAGCCUUGGGACACUUUCUUUGGAGAGUACCCAAUUAGUGAUCGACCUGUCACUUGGGAAUCUUCUAAACCACACCCAAACCAUUCUUCCAGUGUCACACUUGAGUUGAACGUUUUUCGUGGACGAGAGACGAGAGCAUGUUUUGUGGCUGCGAGCUUUACGACAUCUUCUCCCUUCUCUCCACUUUUUAUGGCACAGGAAUUCGUUUUUUCUUUAGAUCUUCAUGGGAAAAUGAAAAAUGCACAAGGUCUUCACUUGACAGCAGUGUACCUGCUUUCCAAACAAAGUGGGACUUGUGUCUGUGUGAGGGGGGACAUUGUGCCACGUUUAAUGCAAAAAUUCAUUACACGAAACUUGAUCGGCGGCUGUGAACACACUUCAUAAUAUUUUAGUUUCUCGACUGGGAUUUUUGAAAAAAAAGAAGAAAAAAAAACCAAGCAGUUUUACAGCAAAGGCUUUGGCUCUUUAUAGGUGGGCUCUAUUAAACUUAGAUUUAGUUAUGCAACAACUGAUUCCUAAGGGAAGUAUAUUUCAUAGAUACACAAGACCUGAAUCUGGGUUGCACACCCAACCUCUUGACUGGGAGUCGUGUAUGAGAUGAUGAACUUAAAGGGGCAAGUUGAGGGUCACGUUUGGUGCUAUGAAAUGCAAUACUUCCCCUUCUGUAUCAAGUGCAUUACACAUAUACUGUAUUUUGUAAUAGAGAGACUUUUUACAGUGUAUAAAUAUGGAUAUUUAUCGCUGUAUGAUGCUUGUUCAGUGUUAUUUAUGAGAGAGGGAAUAAAACCUGUCAGGCUUUGUUACAAAA